AUGCAAAGAGACUACAAAUUAAGCUCUUUAUUCAAGCAAUGGUUGCAUAACUUGCAAAGUGAGAUUGGGAUUCUAGCUGAUGGCACCUUGGCUCUGAGACAAGUUCUAAUUCAGGGUGUAGACAUGUUUGGAAAGCGCAUUGGGUUUCUCAAAUUUAAAGCUGACAUUUAUAAGCCAGUUCCAGGUAUUGUAUUUGCAAGAGGACCUGCUGUGACUAUGUUGAUACUUCUGGAAUCAGAUGGUGAAACUUAUGCUGUCCUUACUAAACAGGCAAGGGUUCCUACUGGAAGAAUUAUUUUGGAAUUGCCUGCUGGAAUGUUGGAUGAUGACAAGGGUGAUUUCGUAUAA